CAGCAAAUUUAGCAGCAAGGGAAACACCAGUGACAACAUUAAUGGAGUGCUUGAGGGCACAAAUGCAAGAGUGGACAUACAAUAAUAGAAAGGAGGCACAAAAAUGCACAACAAGGCUGACACCAUCAUCUGAGAAAAAACUCAUAGGGAACUAUGUACAGUCAUUGCGACUAACAGUGAAACCAGCAAACCAAAACCUGUUUGAGGUGAUAGAUGAAGACAGAACAAGAAUAGUAAACUUGAAGGAGAAGACGUGCACAUGCAAUAGAUUUCAAAAAGAUGAAAUGCCAUGUAACCAUGCAGUCGCCGUCAUGAAGGACUUGAACAUAAACACAUACAACUACUGUGCACAAUACUACACAUCAAAAGCAUGGCUGCAAACAUAUGAAGAAACAGUAUACCCAGUUGGAAACGUAAGAGAAUGGGAACUUCCAGAAUUUUUUGAAGACAUCAUAGUGUUGCCUCCAAAGGAGAGAAUCAAGUCUGGAAGGCCGAGGAAAAGAAGAAUGGCAGCAGCUUGGGAAACAAAGAAACAAAACAAGUGUGGCAAGUGUGGACAAAAGGGACAUAACAAAAAGACCUGCAGAAGAAUUACAGCAUAGAAGUGGAAACAACUACACAUCAACCAAAAAACAACUAUAUUAAAACAUUUAGAAAACACAUACUGCAUAUUACGAUUGGUUGUUACAUACAUUUUUUUAUUGUGAUUUUUUAUGUGGAGAGAUAUUGAUAAUAGGGAAUUGGUAUUAUUAUCAUUAAUAUACAAAAGAACAUCAAAUAUUAUAGUUAAAUAAUUAAAUGAGUGGAAGAAGGUUGAAAUUAAUAAGAAGGAAAAAAAACUACAUAAAGUGAUUAAA